AUGGUCAGAGGCUUUGGGGCAGCUUCCACGCCAACAGCCGUGGACAAGGAAGAUGCAAGGAACCAAGCGUUGGCGCAGCGAGCACAGGCAGGUGAUUUCGAUGAAGAGCUUAUUCUGGAGCAACUGGCCCGCAACAGAGUCUUCCUAGGCGAUGAUGGCCUGGCUAAACUACGAGACGCGUUCGUUGUAGUGGUUGGCUGUGGAGGCGUUGGAUCGCAUUGCGCAGCCUCUCUUGCUCGUUCUGGUGUUUCCAACAUCCGCUUGAUUGAUUUCGAUCAGGUCACAUUGAGCUCCUUGAACCGCCACGCUGUGGCGACUCUCGCUGACGUGGGGAUACCAAAAGUCCAAUGCUUGGAACGCCGACUCAUCGCCAUCUCGCCGUGGGUAAAGUUUGACCUGCGGCAAGAGAAGUUUGACGGCGACGUAGCCGCUCGUCUGCUCAACCCGUGGAAGGGCACUGAUCGCAAGCCUGACUAUGUUGUUGACGCAAUUGACAACAUAGACACGAAAGUGGCGCUGCUAAAGUAUUGUCACGACAACAAGCUGCCAGUGAUCAGCUCUAUGGGGGCUGGUUGCAAAUCUGAUCCUACGCGCAUCAUUGUUGGGGACAUUGCCACCACCACUGACGACGGUCUUUCACGUUCCACCCGCCGCCGCCUCAAGCUGCAGGGCGUUACGGCAGGUAUCCCGGCGGUGUAUUCCACGGAAAGAACCGGCGAGGGCAAGGCAGAGCUGCUGCCACUCCCGGAGGAGGAGUUCCAGAAGGGGACCGUGGGAGAUCUAGCAGCGAUGCCUCAAUUUCGAGUGCGAAUCUUGCCAGUAUUGGGCACUAUGCCUGCGAUCUUUGGUCUGACCGUUGCGAACCACAUUAUACUCAGCAUAACGGGAUAUCCACAUGACUAUGUCCCUGCAAAGGGGAGAGACAAGAUGUACGAGGGGAUCCUGAACUACGUAAACGGGUCGGAGGAGAAGCUUGGUCGGCUGUUCCACCCCGGUCUCAUUGGGCUCAAGACGCCGAUCACGCUCAAUGACGUUGCCUUUUUGUCCGACGACCUGUAUAGCGGUCGGAGCAUCAUCUCGGGCAUCCCAACUCGUAUUGUUCUGGUCCGCUGGGAGAAGCCUGAAGAGACGAACGUGUCAUUCACGGGUGACGAGAACGACAAGGACUCGCAGCGAGCGUCCAAGCUGCGCCUAAGCGAUCUCGUUUGUAUGACAAAGGAAGAAGCUCUCAAGCACGAGCGUGAGGUUUUCAAAGAGGGCAAGAAGGUUGUAGAGGUAUACGACGCGGACAUUGUGGACAAGGUUGCUAGAAAGAGGGCCGAGAUUGCCGAGUUGGAGAAGUAUCGCUGA